GAUGUGUCAUGUGUAGACGUCAUUCCAUUUCUCCGGCCGGCCAUGGCGACUAUUUCAGCUCCGCAUCCCUUCCCCUCCUCAAAAACGAAACAGCUGUCUUCCUCUUCCAGGCUCUUCUUUGCCUCCUCUGAAACUAUUACGCUUGCUUCUUCAGCAGUCUCCCGAUCGAUAAGUCACACCCAUCAUCAUCAUGACCGCUACACCAAACUCGUCGUCUCCGCUUCUAAAAGCAUCGACCAAACAAUCUCCGACUACGGCUCUCCCCGCCCCAAGGGAGUGAGGAGGCAUGCGAUUUCGGUGUUUGUUGGGGACGAAAGCGGAAUGAUAAACCGGAUAUCAGGGGUAUUUGCAAGGAGGGGAUUCAACAUUGAGUCCCUUGCUGUUGGUUUGAACAAGGACAAAGCCCUCUUCACCAUUGUCGUCUCCGGAACCGAUAACGUCUUACGCCAGGUCAUUGAGCAGCUCAACAAGCUCGUCAAUGUCAUCAAGGUUGAUGAUCUCUCUACUGAACCUCAAGUAGAACGUGAACUAAUGCUUAUCAAAGUAAAUGCAGAGCCACAUUACCUUGCUGAGCUCAAGUGGAUAGUCAAUAUCUUUAGAGCAAAAAUCGUAGAUAUCUCAGACCAUUCAGUAACCAUUGAGGUGACAGGAGAUCCUGGGAAGAUGGUUGCUCUUCAAAGAAAUCUAAGCAAGUUUGGGAUCAGAGAAGUUGCCAGAACCGGAAAGAUAGCUUUGAGGAGAGAAAAGUUGGGAGCUUCUGCUCCAUUUUGGCGCUAUUCAGCAGCUUCAUAUCCAGAUCUUGAGAGAAAAGUGACUGUUGAUGCUCUUGCAGGGGUUGAUAAUGGAGUUGUCAACACCGAAUCUGAUACAUCUUCUGGGGGUGAUGUUUAUCCUGUGGAGCCUUCUGGUACCGUUAGUGUCAAUCAAGUCCUUAAUGCUAACUGGGGUGUUCUCAAUGAUGAAGAUACCAGCGGACUUAGAUCACACACUUUAUCCUUGCUUGUAAACGAUGUUCCUGGUGUUCUUUACAUUAUUACAGGCGUUUUUGCUAGAAGGGGUUAUAACAUUCAGAGCUUAGCUGUCGGCCAUGCAGAAGUUGAGGGGCAAUCUCGCAUUACCACUGUUGUUCCUGCAACAGAUGAAUCAAUUAGCAAGUUGGUGCAACAGCUUUAUAAGCUUGUUGAUGUGCAUGAUGUUCGAGAUCUUACUAACUUGCCAUUUGCUGAGCGAGAAUUGAUGUUGAUAAAAAUUGCUGCCAAUGCUGUUGCUCGGAGAGAUGUACUUGACAUUGGAAACAUCUUUAGGGCCAAGGCUGUUGACGUUUCUGACCACACUAUAACCCUUGAGCUCACAGGAGACCUAAACAAGAUGGUUGCACUGCAGAGAUUGUUGGAACCCUAUGGGAUUUGUGAGGUGGCGCGUACUGGAAGAAUUGCUCUGGUGCGUGAGUCAGGGGUUGAUUCUAGAUAUCUCCGUGGAUAUUCUCUUCCUCUUUAGUUUGACAAACUAAGGGUGAGUGUGAGUGAGUUAUAGAUGUGUGCAAGGCAAAUAUGCAUAUUUCUUGUACAUGCAUAUUAGUAAGACUACAGUUAUAACUAGCAGAUUUAUUAUGCACAAAAUUUUGAUGCAGAUCAACUUUAAUUAGGUUAUUGCAGACCUAUUCUUUUGUUUAGAUUCAUAAUACACAGCGUACUGAAGUAGUACGGUUUCUG